GCAAAACAAAAAUCAGCUGGUUACCAACUCUAAGCUUGUCAAAAUUGUUUAUCAUCUUACACAUCACAUUUCCGAAACUAUUGUUCAUAUAAUAAAUUACAUUCACUGAAUCUACUUUAAUAAAAGAAAAAAAAUUCAACUUCAAUACUCUCCUUCUAUUCAAGUAUCAAUAUAAAAAAUGUUUUCGUUUAACAUGUUCCCGGAUAUUCCGAGACCCUUCAACACUCAGUACAAAUGCUUUUCGGUGUCAAUGCUACCCGGAAAUGAGCGACAGGACGUUGAACGAGGAGGCAAAAUUAUAAUGCCACCAUCAGCACUGGAUCAAUUGACGAGAUUGAACAUUGUUUAUCCCAUGCUAUUCAAAUUAACAAAUAAGAAGACAAAUCGAGUGACUCACUGUGGAGUCCUGGAAUUUGUUGCAGAUGAGGGCAAGGUUUACCUUCCUUACUGGAUGAUGCACAAUCUGCUUCUUGAAGAAAGUGAAAUGAUUAACAUCGAAAGUGUCUCCCUACCAGUGGCCACAUUCUCUCGUUUUCAACCACAAUCAGAAGACUUUCUCGAUAUAACAAAUCCCAAAGCAGUCCUCGAGAAUGGCCUCCGUAGUUUCGCAUGUCUCACCACUGGAGAUAUUAUUGCCAUCCAGUACAAUCAACGAAUCUACGAGAUGUGUGUCCUGGAGACACGACCGGGCCCAGCAGUGAGCAUAAUCGAGUGUGAUAUGAACGUUGAAUUCGCUCCACCAGUUGGAUACAAAGAGCCAGUUCGUGAAAUUAAAAAGGAAGAGGAGAACAUUGAUCCUGUGGAUAUGAUGCCAGAGGCGACUGGCUUCAUUGCAUUCAAAGGUCAGGGCAAUCGUUUGGAUGGUAAGAAGAGAAAAGACUCUGGACCUUAUGAAACUGAUAUUCAGAAGCCUGUUUAUGUCAGGGGCAUUCCUGAUUAUGAUUAUAAAAUUGGUACAAUCAAGUUUCUACGCAAUGUUAAACCAGUUAAUGUUAAAGAGGAAAAACUAACUGAGGAGUUCAAGGCAUUCACAGGUGAAGGUUUCUCUCUCCGUAAGUCAAGAAAAUAAAUCGUAAAUCCAUCAUUUUCAAUUCUAUAAAACUGUAGAAAUGUUUAUUGUAUAUGGAGAAUAAAAAUCAUCAUUUUUACAUUAAAAACUAAACAAAAAAAAUCCUA